CACCCACAGUUGCACUCUAUACCUGUCGUGUUAGACUUCGGGAAAUUCAACAUUCAUCCACCAUCCCCCUGCGGGGAGGCGGCUGCAGCCCCGGGGCGCGGUCGGGGGAAAGGGGCAACCCCGAUCGGACUGCCCGGCCUGGAGGGGCCCGCACGGAGGCCCCGAGCGCAGCGCACCCGUUCGAGCGCGGCCCGUCGCCACGACAACCGCCGUUGGCGGCGGGGGCUGCCGGGCGGCGCCAUGGCCGAGCAGCGCCCACCGCGCCCGCUCUACUUCCCCCACUUCCACGACCUCGCCGAGCCCGUCGCACCCCUGCCCGACGGCGGCGGCCUGCGGACGCUCUUCGCAGCCGUGUGCGGGCCGCGCCAGCCCCCACCGCCCGCCGCCGGGCCGCCCCGCUGGGCAGCGGCGCUGGCGCCCAUCGCCUACGAGCCGCUGCGCUUCUUCUGCCCGGCGGCGGGCGCGGAGGAGGGCGGCAGCGCGGCGUGGCGGCCCGGGGAGCAGCCGCAGCUGGAGGGCGAGAUCUGCGAGCUGGGCAUCCGCCUCAAGGAGCUGGAGCUGCUGGCGUUGGUCGGCGACGGCUUCGACGCCCAGCAGUAUAAACUACUGAAUGCACUGAAAGAAGAAAAGAUACAAGUCAUGCAAGCAAGACAGAAGCUGAAGAAAUAGCUACCAACAUGAUGAGGAUUAUUUCACCUGGAUAUUCUGUCACUGUAGAGAAUUUUAAUGGAUCUUUAUUUUUCUACUUAUUAUAUACUAUUUUACUACCAAAUUAAAAUAUACAGUAUAUUUUUUUCUUGACUUUUGGUGUAUUAUUUGUCUGGUACUAGUUACUGAUAACACUGCUAUGUACUUUAACAUUUUUUUUCUCCAAUUACUAUAGACAAACAGGAUAGAUAGUAUUUUCUUCAAAAACACUAAGAAAUUAACACUGCUGAUGUCAGCAUUCCUAGCAGUCCAUUGGUGAUGCUCAAGAUGCAUGCAGCAGGGAAACACAGUAAUUCCAGUACAAAAUACAGGGGUUUUUUGGUUUUAACUCCAAGUACGUUAAGUAAAUGCAACUGAGUGCAAAAAUAUAUGGUCAAAUGCCCCAUGCUUCUAAACAAGCUUUAAAAAACCACUUUCAUGUUAGCAUAAAAAUCUUUGUUACAAUCACAAUGUAUUCUUUUGUUGUCUUUAGUGUACCACUAAAAUUACAGAAAUUAUUACUUGAGUUAGUUUUUAACAGAAUAGUCAUAUAACGUUGACUUUAAGCUAAUAUUAUACCAUUAUAUUAGGACUAAGCCCCUGGCAAUUUUUGGAGUGACAACAUCCUUGUCUUUGAAAGGCAUGUGCUUUCAUGAGACAAAAUGGACAAAGGCAGUGAUCACAGAUUGAAGAUCUGGAGAACAUCUGCCAUUAAAUAAGUAAUGCCAUAUAUGGCAUUGAGAAUAACCUAACUAAGUAGUAAAUAGGCUCAUCAGACUGAUUAAAAGAUACCAAUUAUUUUUUCCUGUUCUAAUUCAAAAGCAGUAGGUGGCAGCAUGAAAUAAUAAAGUUACCAACCCUCAAGCUAUCAUAUUUUGGCAGGCAGCUUUUUUUUAAAAGUAGUAUUUUGAUUUUUGUUUUUAACUGUGUUCAAGUUGCUCAACUGUGAAGCAUUUUAACACAAUACAAUAUCAAAAUUUUAUUUCCUAUUACUGCUUAUUACAGCAUUCACUCUUUUACUAUCUUAGUGUUUCCAGACAGAUUUUGAUCUACCCUACACAGAGGUUAUAUUAAAAAAAAAAAAAUCUAGUUUAAAACUCCCAUUUGUCAACAAGCACACUGUAAUUGCAUUUUAUCAGGGCAGCUAGGAGAUCUUAAACAGAAUCUUACCACCCAUAAUUGCUGUUGUCGGCCGCGUGUCUCUGCCAAUUAUUGGUUUCAUCUGCUAAUCAAUAUGCUGUUUAAUGAAACUAAGCCUCAGCAGGGCUGGGGGAGCCAGGUUUUGUCCAGCUCUGUGCCUUGGGGAGGUCAAGGUGCCCUGGACCCAUGCAGAAAUCCCCAGGGGCAGGACGGGUGACAAGAUUACCUGUAUCUGAGGCCCAUGGUGGGUCUCACCAAGGCAGCCCUAAAAUCUAAAGCCCACUCGCAGGCCAGGGUGGAAUCCAGGGCCUGAACUAAAACUGGGCUGCCGUGGAGGGCCCAGGGAAGGCUAGUCAGGUGUACACAGAGCAAUAGUAGCUGCCAUGAGCUUCCCCCUUUACCCUACAACUGCAUUAUUCACCCCCCUUCAGCUUUCUUUAAUCUACUCUUUAAGCCCACCUUGGUACCAUUUAAUUGCUGCUUAGCUCUUGAGAGCCUAAUUAAUAACAUUGUGCUUCUGGCUAAAUAGUUCUGUUUUCACUUGUUGGCAUAUUUGAAGCUGUUUUACUCCAGACAGCACACCACAAGUAACUUCCAAAGUGGACUUCUUAAACAAGGUAUUUUUAUACCUGCUGAGGAAACUCUCACAUAACCACCAAUGAUUUAUCUCUCUUUCCAACCAUGUCUUAGAGGCUGAGGCAGCAUAUAUACAAAAGGUUGAUCCAGGUGCCUAGAGGACAAAAUUAUAACCACAAUACCUUGGAAAUCUGGGCUUCAGUGUUCCACAGCUCCCUCUGCAGAACGAGGAUAAAAGGUCUCUCAAAGAGAUUUUAGGCUAAGCCUACAAAUAGAUACUGAAAUGGUUAAUUACUAUAAAAAUAGGAACUGUAUUAGUGCCUAAACUAAAUACCAGAAGAUAAAAUUGGGCAGGACAAAAAGGGCGAAUAUACAGGGGCUUUCAAAGGCUUUGUGCAGAAGUAAGAGCUUUUAAAUCAAGUCAGGUAGCAGAGGAACUAUCUUCAUUUUCCCAAAUCUCUAGAAUAUCCUGAAUUUCACUCCUAAACUACUCUAAGUUUCCCAUGGUUAAUACAAGGGCUUGCAAGCAUUUUCAUUGCAUAUAAUCACUCCUUCCUAAUUACCACUUCCCCUCACCUUUUACUGUCACUUUAUAUCCAGCUCUCAUCAGCCAUCAUUGUGUUUAAUUACUGGGUGAUAAUGGGAGGAAUAACAUCAGUUAAUAUGUAAUCUCAAUUAAAAGUUGCAUGGGAACACAUAUCUACUGAAAAAAUCAUUUGGUUUGCAUGCCAAAAC